CUGCCCUCAGUGUCUUUACCGUAGACUCUCAUCAUGAGUGGUGCAUGCACACUAGACGACAGGAAACCGCCCUCAGUGUCUUUACCGUAGACUCUCAUCAUGAGUGGUGCAUGCACACUAGACGACAGGAAACCGCCCUCAGCCAAGCGAGAUGACCGGCUAUAAACAUCUGUGGUGAUAGUGAAGUAAAGCAGUUUAAUGACAAGCAGGGAUGAGAAUGUAGAUAUAUGAAUCUUUUCCAACAUGUAUUACAUUUUUACAGAACAUAAAACAAAAAAUGAUGUAUGAUUAAAUUGCAGUCAUUGCACGUUGCUGUUCACCAGAAAUUGAAACGAAUAGUCACUUUUUAAGAUAAAAGUCUUGAUCUGCUUUGCCUUAUUUUAAGCCUUUUAUAUGUAUAGAAGGGAAGGGCCUUGCUAUUUUAGGUUUAUGCCUCAAACCCAUCUUUUGUUCAUUAACACUACAUUAUGUUGUGUAAAAUGGAAAACUGAAUUACACACUUGCACACAGUAGGUGGCGGUAUCCGCAUUCGUAAAGAUGGCUGGGAUCUGCCUGUAAAGAAAAUGAUUUAAGGCUUUUGUUUUGAAAAGUGAUUCACUGCGGAAGUGAAUUAGAUUGCUCUUCCGGGGGUUGCGAUAUGUUAUGAUCGUAUGUUGCGACUUCUGCUAUUUACAUUACAUUAACAUUGACAACUGUGUUUUUAUGUGUUGAGAAUGUCCGUUUUAAUGACAAUUAAAUGUGUUGUGAAGAAUGUAGCCACAGUCGCGGGCUAGUUCGACCUGUGGGACGCGGAAGUAGAAUUUGAGUUAGCUAAUGUAGCUAACGUUAGCCUUCCACAGACGCUGACCUGAGGACUAGCUUACAGGAUGUCCAAACUGGAGCGAUUGAACGUGCGCGUGGCCCAGCUGCUGACUGAAGCCGUGCAGGAGGUUCUGGAGGUGGUGAAGGAGACGGUGUCAGAGUACCAGGAGAAAACAGCCAGGACACAGAGGGAGAACGAGACUCUGAAGAGACGACUGAUGGAGCUCCAGGACAAAAUGACAAAGGAGAGCACACCUCUUCUCCCUGCAAGUGUAACAGAAGAAACACAAGACACAAAGAUUCUAGUGCACGACUCGGAGUUCUCUCUCACAGACUACGAGCUGCUGAGCAGCCACACAGCUGACCACACAGCUGACCCCACAGCUGACCCCACAGCUGACCACACAGCUGACCACACAGCUGACCACAGUGUGAAGCAGGAAGGCAUAGAACAAGAAAGCUUCAAUGACGCUGAAUGUGCACUCCUAUCAACAGACUAUGGCAGUGAUGAACCUGAGGUUAUGGAGGCGUCGACGGUCGGAACAUCACACACAGCAGACUUGAGUCACAGUUGUGUCUCCUCCAACAGUCCACACAGCAGUCGCUCACACAGACGAGCGCUCCAGUUAAAUGGAACUGCCAUCAAAAGAGAAGCAGAGCCGACAGACUGUACGACGUCACAGCCGUCGCCUCGGCAACAACAUUAUCCCGGAUGUGUGGACUUGAGCUGCAACUCUUCUCGCCUCAACCCUGAGGAGUUACACCGGUCACACGUGAGAGUCCAACCUCACGGGCUCGUCCUCACCCACACAAGGCUCAGCGCCUCAAGAAGGCACGCGUUCGCCAAACUCAGCAGCGAGCACCUCAGAGGAGAGGACGCCCACCUGUGUGUCGUCUGCGGCAAGACGUUCAGCAGGGUGGCUAACCUCAGGAUCCACCAGCGCUGCCACACGGGGGAGAAACCCUACGGCUGCGCACAGUGCGGCCGGCGGUUCAGGCAGGCCGGAGACCUGAAGAAACACAAGCGCGUGCACACCGGAGAGAAACCCUACUACUGCAACCAGUGUGGGAAGAGCUUCAGUCGAGGGGAGAAUCUCAAGAGACACCAGAAGAUCCACAUCGGAGAGACACUGCACUUACAGCAGGUGUGGAGGGAGCAGCACACAUGAGCACGAUACAACACUACAGAACAUAAAGAUACAUGUCAAGUUUGACUCGUGUAGUCCAUGCCAAGUCAAGAAAAAACAUUUUCCAAUAGUUGCUGAUGAGUUGAGUCUUUGAUUAAUAAUCAUUGAGUGAAUGAUGCGUUUGAUAACUGAAUGUGUCAAGACUGCAUUUUACCAAACAGCCUGAUAUCUGAUUUCAGUGUGUUUUUUAUUAGAGCUGAAACGAUGAAUCGAUUACUAAAUUAAUUGACAACUAUUUUGAUCAUCGAAUAAUCGGUUUGAAGCUUUUUUCGUGAUUAAAACAAGAUUGUUUAAGCUUCUUAAAUGUGAAUAUUUUCUUCAUUUCUUUGAAAUCAUUAAAAGUCAAUCGUUUUGGUUUGUGGACAAAACAAGAUGUUUGAGAACAUCAUCAUGUCCAGGUUUGACGCACGCAGAGCAACAUUUUUUUAAGGUGUUCAGAUAUUCUGAACACUAAGCGAUUAAUCGACAGAUUAAU